CAGUUUUAUACAAAUUAAUUUAAUUCAAACAAACAAUAGGGAAAUAUGGACGAACGAAAUGUAUGUGACGAAAGUGCUUCUGCCAUCUUAAGGUAGUCAGCUGAUCCGUAUGAGCUGUAGGGUCUCUGUCCCUCUAACCGGAAAUAACGUCGCUGUAUUCAUUCAUUCUCAGCUUUAAAGUCAUGAAGAAAAGCAAAUGUAAAACAAACGGGGUCGCCGAGAAGGAGUUUGUGUUUGAAUUCAAAGCAGGAAAGAACAAAUGUGUCCUCAAAGUGCCCCUUCAGUUUCCUGUCCAGCUGAACAUCAGUGAUCUGCACGGAAGGUUGCUGCUUCUGCAUAGGAUACCCUGCUACAUAGAAGAUGAGUUGAAGGCCUCUCUGUCUAGAUUCAUAGAGAAGGAGACAACCCUGGACUAUGACAGGGAGGCAGAGCUAGCCCUGCAGAGGCUUUCCACUGGAGAUGUGGAUGUAAACCAGCUUACCAGUGCCUGGGCCCGAUCUUAUACAGAGACGACCUUGGAGCACGCCAGGCCGGAGGAGCCCAGCUGGGAUGAGGACUUUGCUGAUGUCUACCACGAGCUUAUCCACUCCCCGGCCUCAGAUACGCUCCUCAAUCUGGAGCACAACUACUUCGUUAGCGUCUCUGAGCUCAUCAGUGAGAGAGACAUGGAGAUCAAGAAGCUCCAAGAAAGGCAAGCAGCAGAAAUGGACAAAGUGAUGCAUGAGCUGGGGAAUACGUUAAGCGACCAUGAUGUAAAUACAGUAGCAUCUCAACACUUUGAUGCACAGCAGGUCUUGGAGAACAAAUGGGCAAGUGAACUUAAGCAGGUGACAGGCAUUCAGAAGCAGGAAUAUCAGGAGUGGGUCAUCAAACUGCAUCAGGACCUUCAGAAGUCCAACAACAGCAGCCAAAUUAACGAGGAGAUCAAGGUUCAGUCCAGCCAGCUGUCAGAGGAUGCAGAUUCUUGCUCAAGGAUUUUUGAGGAGCAACCUCUGCUGGAGGAGAGCUUCACCAUCCACCUAGGAGCACAACUGAAGACGAUGCACAACCUGCGCCUGGUCCGGGCCGACGUGCUGGAUUUCUGUAAACAUAGACGACACAGCAGCAGCGGAGCAAAGCUGCGGCGGCUGCAGACGGCUCUGUCACUGUACUCCUCCUCACUUUGUGGACUGGUGCUGCUGGUAGAUAACCGGGUUAACUCUUACAGUGGAAUCAAGAGAGACUUUGCAACCGUGGCCAAGGAGUGCACAGAUUUCCACUUUCUGAGUCUGGAGGAGCAGCUGGAGGAGGUGCAGCAGGUGGUUCUGUACGCUCGGGCCCAGCGGAGCAGCAAGCAGAAGGACCAACCAGAAAUUCAGAAAAACGGAGGAGAUGAUAAGAGCAAAACUGUUGAAAGAAAUCCUUCAAAUAUUCUACCAGGCGAGUUCUACAUCUCGAGGCACUCCAACCUAUCGGAGGUCCACGUCGUCUUCCACCUCUGUGUAGACGAUAAUCUCCGCUCCGGAAACAUCACGGCCCGGGAUCCGGCCAUCAUGGGCUUAAGGAACAUCCUGAAGGUCUGCUGCACGCACGACAUCACCACCGUCACUAUCCCUCUGCUGCUGGUCCACGAUAUGUCCGAGGAGAUGACCAUCCCCUGGUGCCUAAAGCGAGCAGAGCUGGUGUUCAAAUGUGUCAAAGGGUUCAUGAUGGAGAUGGCGUCGUGGGAUGGAGGUAUUUCCCGCACUGUUCAGUUUCUGGUACCAAAGAGUAUAUCAGAGGAGAUGUUCUACCAGCUGAGCAACAUGCUGCCCCAAAUCUUCCGCGUCUCUUCAACACUAACCCUCACUUCCAAGCACUGAUGUGUAGACGGCCAAGCAAUGCAUCUUCAAGAUCAUUUAGAGGUUUCAUGAAGUUAUCAAUAUUAUGACUUGAUAGAGACAUCUUACUGCAGCGAGUUUGCAGAAAAUAAAGGUAAUUGGGACCUAAAGCUUUUUAGGUCCCGUUUUCAGCAUUUCAAAACUACACAAACUGAACUUAUUGAAAUCCAUUUUCCUUAACUUUAAAGAAAAAUAAUCACUUUCACUUUAAAGUAUAUAAGUUACAGAACUGUUAUAUAUUUCUAAAGAUGUUGAUAGUUUGAAGUUUAAGUCAGUUGAAUUUUAAAUGAUCCUUUCUAACACAAAAAGGCUUUUGAUCCAAAACUUCUAAAGCAGGAAGCUUUUCUAUAUAUGGAUGAUUAGGAAUCAUAUAAAAAUCUCACAGUUGAAGGAAUUUUUAUAUAUAUGGAUAUAUAUAUAUAUAUCUAUAUAUAGGGACCUUAUGUUAGAGAAAUGUAUGUCAACAAUGAGCACUUCUUCGACAAGGGUGAUCUACGCAGGCAGCAUAGCUGAGCGCGGUGGGAAUUGACCAAGAAAAAAAAUUGCUGCAAUAGCCUUCCCCAACUUAGAUCAUCAAUUUUCUGCCUUUCUUUCCAUCCACAUCUGGCAUCAGAUUUUAAAUGACUUUCGGACCAAAGCACAUGCUGUGGGCAUGCUAAUGGCAGAUGGACACAGAUCCUUAGAGCUGUGACAGACUGCAGACCUGCAGUUAAACCAUUAUAGGUAAGAGAUGCACUGAAAGAGAUGUGCCCAGCUGUAAAAGGGCUCACUGAUGUCUUGUAGGCUGAUGUAGCAGCUUUAGAGAGCUAAGCGCUAUAUGAGAAGCUUUGCACUUCAGAGCAGCAGAAAGUAUUGCAUCCAAGCUGACGUUGGGUAGAUUUUCAGUGUUUGGAUUUCAUUCUGCAGCUGGCUCAGACAUCACUGUGAUAAGAAUUUCAGACAACUGACCUGAGAGCUUUUACAUGCCUCCAUUGGAUACCCGUUUGUUAAGUCUCUAAGCUGGCUUCCCACGCAUCAUUUUCCAAGAAAACACAAAUUUAAGCAGCAGACUUCUCCUUCCCUGCUCUUAUCCAAGUAGGAUAUUGCUGCUGUGGUUUGAAGUCAGAGUUCAACUUCCCAAAAUGUCGGAUAGGCUCUUUUGCAGCAUUUUCUGCAGCUCUUUCUCUCAUUCUUUUUGCCCUCAUUCAUUUUCAGCCUUCAGUGCAUAAAGCUGCGGCUGCUUCGCUCUGGCUCACCUGUCAGCUAUGAGUCUGAGGAAACGUUUGUGUUUCCAUCAGGCAGUGCGCAUCAUAGGAGACACUUUGCUGCCCAGGUCUAGUAGGUGUUGGAAAUGAUCCCAGCUGAUCUAGAGGAUGGAUGCAGCAGGAAGGCUGAUGACUGGAUUACGCAGACUUUAUGUGGCUGAGAAAGCAUUAACAGGUUUUAUAGCUGCCACCUGUCAAACAGGUUUAUUAUCCAAUAAUAAGGUGUAAUCCCUCAAAGGCUUGAGUAUUUUCUUUUAUUUUUUUUUGCUACAAUGAGCUGAAAUGCAGGUUUGCCGUUUAUCUUCUGCCACUUUUCUGCAAACUUGCUGUAUGUGGAUCUUCCUAAGAAAUAUGGUUCUUUACCUGCUUGCAACUUGUAAGAACACUGGAAAUUUGUUCAUCCGACCUAGCUUCAUAAAUCUGAACUCCUUUAAAGUGUGUAGAGCAAUGGAGACAGGGGACCAGUUACUGUAUCAUAGGGAUGUGGAGAACUUGCUGAUAAAAGCAGAUGCACUGAAGCAGCGAAACAGGAAGUGCAGGACGGAUGGAGGCGAGAGGACAAGUCAGUGGCUCAGACGGUUUUCUACACAGAGUUCUACAGGAGUGUGCUGAACGAUGAUCAGAUCUGGGCUCGCUUCAGCAACUGCAAUCAUUUUGUUUCCCUGAGCUUCGUCCGUUCACCUCCAAAUUUUCAUCCAUUCAGCAAUUACUACAUGGUUGGAUAAUUGUAGAUUUUCAUCUCAUGCGUGAUUGUCUUUUUGUCAAGAUAAACUGAAUGAACUAAUUUCUGGUUGUAAUAAAGACAU